UAAUUCCGUAAACGAGCCUGAUUAAAUUUUAUUCAUGGUAAUGGCAGAGAUCGGUGGCCCCUUGGCUCACCAACUACCACUCCACAAUCACAACCAUCGUGGUGCGUUGCAGCCCUCCCUUGUUAUGAACCAUCAUCUGGAUCUGGAUAGUUGCGGUGGUCAUACAGGCAGCGGCAUUCUCGGAUCUGGCGUUGGACAAACGGAUUUAAAGAAGCAACGUCUCUCGCUGUGCGUCGGUUGCGGCGGACAAAUUCACGAUCAGUACAUUUUACGUGUGGCUCCCGAUCUGGAAUGGCAUGCGGCUUGUCUCAAGUGUCAGGAGUGCCGGCAGUUCCUCGAUGAGAGUUGUACGUGCUUUGUGCGCGAUGGCAAGACGUACUGCAAACGUGAUUAUACGCGACUUUUUGGCACCAAAUGUGAUAAAUGCGGCAGUUCAUUCAGCAAGAAUGACUUUGUGAUGCGAGCUAAAACCAAAAUUUAUCACAUUGAGUGUUUCAGGUGUGCGGCAUGUGCGAGGCAGUUGAUACCGGGUGAUGAAUUCGCUUUAAGAGACGGCGGCACGUUAUAUUGCAAAGAAGACCACGACGUACUAGAGAAAACAUCUCCAACCUCCACAAUUGCCCCAUCGUCGAUAGAAAAUAACAAUAAUAACAAUAACAUCACAACGCUUAGCAAUAAUAAUAAUCACUCCAGCGAACUCGGAUCAAUGUCAGACUCAGGCUCCGAAUCAGGUUCUCACAAAAGUAGUGUGCGUGGUAAGACGAAUGGACCGGGCGAUGGCAAGCCAACACGAGUUCGAACGGUCUUGAAUGAGAAACAACUUCACACGUUAAGAACUUGUUAUAACGCCAAUCCGCGACCCGAUGCACUCAUGAAGGAGCAACUUGUGGAGAUGACGGGACUUUCACCGCGCGUUAUUAGGGUUUGGUUUCAAAAUAAACGGUGCAAAGACAAGAAAAAGACGAUUCAGAUGAAGCUGCAAAUGCAACAAGAAAAGGAGGGUCGCAAACUCGGCUACGGCAUGCAAGGAAUCCCCAUGGUAGCCAGCUCUCCCGUUCGUCACGACUCACCGCUAAACCUCCAUGGACUCGAAGUGACUGCGUAUCAACCGCCAUGGAAAGCGCUGUCAGACUUUGCGUUGCACGCCGAUCUCGAUAACGCCGGCAACAUUAACACGCACACACCCGCCUUCCAGCAUCUCGUGAAUCAAAUGCACGGAUACGACACGGGCGGUAUGAAUCAAAUGCCGCCGCAUGGACCGCCGCCGCCGCAAAUGAGCGGGAACCCCAUGAUGGAUGGCACGGCGCAUCAUCAUCCCGAUAGCACCGAUUCGUAUGUCACGUAUUUGGAAAGUGACGACAGUAUGCAAGGGAGUCCAUAGGACAUGAUCCAGGAUCACUUUCCGGAUGAUGAUUAUUAGAAGAAAAAAAGUCUUUCGUUACUUGACAUUUUUUGCGAUUUGUUGAUAUUUUUUGUUUGAAAUUAAAUUAAAUUAAUUUUUUGUCUUGUAAAUAGUUGUAAAAAAAUUAAUUUAAAGAAAAAAUAGUUUCAAUAGUUACAAAAUGUACUAAUUUUUAAAAACCUC